GCCGUAUUAUAUUAUAAACAUCAUAUGCUAGUUUUAAUGAACUGGGUAACCACAAUUGACCAACAUGUAUUGCUUCCUAACAAUUUUUGCCCUGAUAUCUCUCAAAGAAGCUGAUAAUCUUCGUUUAGGGGAUGGAUCAAGUGGAAUUCUGGCAAAUACUAAGUAUGGGACUAUUAGUGGAAAGGUUUUCAGUACUCCAAGCGCAAAAGAGUUUUAUGCAUUUUUAGAUAUCCCAUAUGCAAGUCCUCCUAUAGGAAAGCUACGAUUCCAGAAACCCUUACCACCAGAGCCAUGGAAAGAAGUACUUAAUGCCACAGAAAAUACUAAAAUAUGUUGGCAAUUGAGAUUAAGGUCUGAAAAGGUAGAAAAUGAUCCUAGGGAGAAUGAAGAUUGUUUAUAUCUAAAUGUAUACGUUCCUAAGGAUCCUUCAGAGAACGAACCAUUAGCAGUAAUGGUAUACAUACAUGGUGGAAUGUUUUCCUUUAAUGACGGUACCUUCAAGAGCUACAAACCAUACAAUUUCGUCGAAAGGGAUAUCAUAAUGGUUUCAUUCAACUUUCGCCAGGGUCCCUUAGGAUUCUUGACAACAAAUGACAGUGUGAUACCAGGAAACGUGGGAUUAUGGGACCAAAAUAUAGCACUGAAGUGGGUUCAACAAAAUAUCGAGGCAUUUGGAGGAGACCCCAAAAAAGUUACGCUUAUGGGGCACAGUAGUGGUGCGGUUUCUGUAACGUUUCACAUGCUCAGCAAGCAAUCUGCUGGUCUUUUUAGUGGAGCUAUUGCCGAGAGUGGCGCUGGUAUACACCAACCUAAGCUCCAGUCUUUUCCAAAAUAUUUCGCCUACAAGCUGGCACAUGCCAUUGAUCCAAAAAUGGGUGAACACAAUUCAUCUGCAGAGUUGCUUGCGUUUUUACUCAGCGUUUCACCAAGUAUCAUCUCUAACAUAACUAAGCUCUAUCCUGAUCCGAAAUACGAUAAUCGAAUUUUAGCGGGUGUGGGGACUGAAAUAGUCUGGCUCCCAGUAUUGGAAUCAAGCGAGGAUGAAAAUGCGUUCCUUAAAGCCCCUCUACAUGAUAAUCUCAAAGAUGGCAAUUUCAACCAGGUUUCUGUUUUGGCAGGAAUCACUUCCGAAGAAGAUGCCUUUAGAGUAUCAAGUUGGACCAAGGAAAAUACUCUAACUGUGGAUAAAAAUCCGGAACUAGUGUAUGACAGAAUGACAGGAAUAAAAGAAGAAAAUAAAGCAGCAUUUUGGCAAGAACUCAAAGCAGUAUAUACCAAAGAGCCGUUUCAUAAGAAUUUUACAGGCCUCAUAAAAAUGAAGGGAGAUUUGAGAUUUAGUAAUCCGGUUAUCAGAUUUGCUGAUCUAGCAUCGCGUUAUGUGGAUGUCUAUUUCUACCAAUUUUCCUACUUUGGCGAAAUGAACGCUAAUAGAGAUGUCUUAGACGAGGAAGGCUUAGGAAAAGCAGCUCACUGCGCGGAAUUGCCUUACUUGAUGUAUUAUGAAAUGGACGGUGACACCAAGACAUAUCCUAAGUCUGACAUCAGAAUGCGACAUAUUUUAUCUGACUUGUUUGCGAACUUCAUAAAAUACCAGAAUCCGACACCUAAGAGAGAUUCUAGACUGCAGAAUAUUAUAUGGCCGAAGUUGAACUCGAACACUUUGCUAUAUUUAGAUAUAGAUGAUAACCUCACUAUCAAAGAGAAUCCCCGAUACUACAGACAAUGUAGAACAAUAUUCGACAAAUAUUAUGAGCAUCCACUCACGCAAUUGAAUUGAUCACAUUUCACGAACACAAAUUAAUUAUAAAUAUCGAUUAGGUGGGGAUUUACUAAUUCUUACACAAAGAAGUACAUAGGACGAGAGACCAAUAUCAACAGCGUGCAUUCUCUUGCUUUCCUUUCAGUACUUCCUUCUUCCUCCACUUUCGUCUAAAUCAGUGUCAAACAACCGCAACCAGACGGCCAGCGCCCAACUUUCCACAUUGCACAUAAUAUUUGUUGUUUUUUUUUUUGUAAAAAUGCAACAAAUGCUGAUUGAUUUUUUGUCCGGAUUUUAUUUGUCACGUUAAGCGACCAACAAAAAGAUAGGUUGCAAAUUCCUAGCUAAGACAACCCUGGCUUAAUCUAAUCUACCGUUAUUUAUGAUUUAAAAAAAAAUCUAAUUUUGACAAAAUGAUAACAGAUACUUGCAGAUUCAAGCGGCCGGAUCCUUAGACGACUAGGAAAGUGCUCAUAUGACGGAUCUGUCAAACUUUUCCCAGAACAAGCACAAAAAUCCCUCAAGGUUGCUAUUUUUCAAAAAGAGUCCCCCAAAUCACAGUGAAUUAAUUGAAAGGUGUAGGCUUGGUCCAAAGAAAGAGGCGGAGCUUUCUUUGCGCGAAAAGUGUAAUUCCUCAC